CUUGAAGGCGGCAUAGACUCCUCCCAGCUGGUCAGAGCGGGAAGUUCAGAUGUUCUUCCUAUUGAGCUGAAACAAACACUUCAAUACUCGGCUGACUUACACAGCACAAUAACCACCUUUAGAUGUAGUGUAACAGGAAGCUCUGCAGUCAUGUCCAGUCACACGGAAGAGAGGAGCAGCUCUGCACUGAAGAGCUUUGGACAGUGUACCUACACAGCUGAUGAGUACCAGGCAGUGCAAAACGCUCUGCAGCAGAGGCUGGGACCAGAGUACAUCAGUACCAGAGUGGCAGGAGGAGGACAGAAGGUGUGCUAUGUUGAAGGACAUCGUGUGAUCGGCCUCGCCAAUGAGAUGUUUGGGUACAAUGGGUGGUCUCACUCUAUCUCUCAGCAGAAUGUUGACUUUGUCGACCUCAUCAACGGGAAGUUCUACGUUGGAGUCAGCGCGUUUGUCAAAGUGCAGUUGAAGGAUGGAGCAUUUCAUGAGGAUGUAGGGUAUGGAGUUAGUGAAGGUCUGAAGUCUAAAGCUCUGUCACUGGAAAAGGCAAGAAAGGAAGCAGUCACAGAUGGCAUGAAGAGAGCCCUGAAAUGCUUCGGAAAUGCCCUUGGAAACUGCAUCCUGGAUAAGCAGUACCUUAUAGCCAUAAACAAGAUCCCCAAACAGCCUCCUCCUCCUCUGGACCCUGCUCGGACCAAACGCACAGAAGGUGAGCCGUUAGCGGACAAGGCUCGCUUCUCUAGUCUAGUCCAGGAGGAAAGGCGUGUGUCAGUAGGAGGUGCUGUCAGGAUGCCACUGGAACCCAGAGUCCCACACCAGAACUGUUCAGAUGUUCACACCCCUAAUGCUGCAGACCCUGCUUCCAGUCGGGAGAGGGAGAACAUGGACUACAGACCUGCCGCUGACUCGGUGGAUGUUGAGGGGUCUGCUGGUCACUCAGACCCCAAACAGCUGAGAAAGCUUCGACAGCAGCAGCUUCAGCAGAAGUUCAGGAGAGAGAUGGAGGCCAAGAGGAUGCAGCAGAACCAAGAUCAAACCAAGUCUGAGAGCACAGAGGUCGCUAUUGAACCAGGAUCCAGCAGAUGUCAUGAAGGAGCCCCUUCGCUCAGUGACAUCAGCUCAGGGGAACACAAUAAGCCCAGCAACAGGGAUGAGUAUUUAACAGAUGAUCCUGAGCUCUGGAACUUUACUCUAGAUGGGAUCGAGGAGCUGGAUGGCCGAGGUGGUGGUGGCGCUCCUUCCAGGAUGCUCAGGCCAAGCACACCUGGGAAUCACCAGAUGCAGACUCGCAGUAAGACCCCUCAGAGGACCCUCGGCGGACCUCCAGAUGAGGCUCCAUCAUAUGAUACAGGACAGAAUAUGGCACAGUCCAGACCCUGUUUUCAGAACCAGAACCAAUACCAGUCCAGACCAGGUGAAGCACUGAGUCCAUACAGAGCAGGACAGCACAUGAAGAAACGCAGACUGGACACCUGAGGUUUAAUGAUCAACACUUUACACAGCACUGUGUGCAAUCAGGCCACAUUAUUUAACUUUGUGUAUUUAUUAUUGUGUUUUUUUAAGUCCAUUUUAGCUGACUUGCUUUAUGUUUAAUUUUUGGAGAAAUGUUGUCUGGUUUCAUAAAAAAUAAACAACCACAUUAGGCUUAGA